AUGCAAGUAUUGAACUUGCGACCUCCAGUGAGGGCUACUGCUACUGCUGGUCCUGCUCUAGCAGCUAUUGCUGUCGAUGAUGCUGCUGCUGCUGCUACUGCCCUCUCUCACGAUAGCAUACUUGGCGUGGCUACUACACCCACUGCGGCUGCUGCUACCCUCUCCCGUGAUAGCAUACCUGGCGUGGCUGUUGUGCUGGUUGCUGCUACUGGUGCUCUGCCAGCUGUGCAGCUGUUGCUGCCAAUGCUACUACUACUGCUGUUGCACUGGCUCUUGUUGUGCUGGCUGUUGCUACUGCUUUCAUUGAACCUACAACCUCUAGCGAGGGCUGCUGUUGCUCCUACUCUAGUUGCUACUACAGUUGUUGAUGCUGCCCUCUCCUACGAUAGCAUACCUGGCGUGGCUGCUGCUGCUCUUGCUUUGUCUGUUGCUACUGCUACUCUUGCUCCGCCAGUUGCUGCAACUACUGCUGCCUUCUCUCGCGAUAGCAUACCUAGCAUGGCUGUUGUGCUAGCUGCUACUGCUGCUGCUCUACCAGCUGUGUGGCUGCUGCUGCCAAUGUUGCUAUUGCUGCUGCUUGCCAGUUGCUACUGUGCUAGCUGCUGCUGCUGCUCUGCUUGUACUUGUUGA